GCGGUGGGCGGGGCGUGGCGGGUAGCAGUGGCGGCGGCUGAGCGGUGGCCGCGGUGGCAGCGGUGCGGAGCCCCAUGGUGCCGGUGCGCGGGCCGCGGCGGCUGAGCGAGGCGACGCCGCCAUGGGCUCCCUGUUCCGCAGCGAGAGCAUGUGCCUGGCGCAGCUCUUCCUGCAGUCGGGCACCGCGUACGAGUGUCUGAGCGCGCUGGGCGAGAAGGGCCUGGUGCAGUUCCGAGACCUCAACCAAAAUGUAAGUUCUUUUCAAAGAAAAUUCGUUGGCGAGGUGAAGAGGUGUGAGGAGCUAGAGCGAAUAUUGGGUAAGUUUGUCUCCAUUUUAAUAAUCUAGGUGCUUAGUUUAAUA